CGACUCCGAAUCGCUCGUCAUGGCUGUCCUCUCCAUGGCGGACAAUCCUCCCCCGGAGGUGCAUCACUACAAUCACCUCGGAGAAGUGCCCUGGGAUAUCCAAAAUUACUGGGCACAGCGGUACAGGAUCUUUUCGCGGUAUGACGAAGGAGUCUGGCUGACCGAUGAUGCAUGGUUUGGGGUUACCCCGGAGCCUGUGGCCAAUAAAAUCGCCGAGCACGUUGCCAACUCGGCCCCCGCUGGACGGAGCAUCCUGGUAGAUACGUUUGCUGGCGCCGGUGGUAAUUCCAUUGCUUUUGCGCUCUCGGGCAAGUGGAAGCGAGUCUACGCCAUCGAGAAGAACCCGGCCGUCUUGCAGUGUGCUAAGCAUAAUGCGCAAAUCUACGGGGUGCAGGAUAAGAUCACCUGGUUCGAAGGGGACUGUUUUGAGCUUUUGAGGAACCAACUCAAGGAUCUGGCUCCGUAUAGUGUCAUCUUUGCGAGCCCCCCUGGGGUGGUAAGCUUCGGCCCUGGGUAUCGCUCCGACAAAGUGUUCAAUCUUCGAACGAUGGAACCGUACUCAUUGAGCACACUCUACCGUGAAUUUGCAGCCUUCAGUGAGCAUAUGGUCCUCUUUCUGCCUCGAACUUCGGAUGUGAAACAGUUGGCCAAGGUGGUCAAGGAUGGGCAGCAGGCAACGGUGAUGCAUUACUGUAUGGAGGGAGCCAGCAAGGCCCUUUGCAUCUACUAUGGAGGGUUCAACCUGCAGUGAUUCGAGGCGCGUUUUUCUUAUGAUUUUCUCAUGUAAAUUUAUGACGCAAAGGCAACGGGGCGGGACAUCCCCAGCCACGCGCGAUGGUUUGCUCUGGUUUGGAAUGUACUAUAGUCGGCUUUGAUUAAUGAAUGAAUA